AUGUCACCGCACUUCGAUCCGGAUAUGGAUGCGCAGGCCUUGGAAAAGGCUAUGAAGGGAUUAGGAACCGAUGAAAAUGUCAUAAUUGACAUUCUGGGCAAUCGAACGGUUGAACAAAGACAGAAGAUUGCCGAUGUCUACAAAGCGUGCUACGGAAGAGAUCUCUUAAGCCGUCUAAAGAAAGAGCUCUCAGGCAAGUUUCGGAAGGUGGUCUUGGCUUCCUUCUUCGAUAGACCACACCUCCACGCUUAUGCCCUAUUCAAAGCCAUGGCUGGUAUGGGGACAAAGGAGAGGGUCAUUAUUCAAGUCGUCUGCACCUCCAACAAUGCCGACAUUGCUGAUCUGCGUGACGCUUACGAAGAAGGUAUGCAGUCAACACUCCCUACUUUUAUCCCACAUGGAAUAAAGCAAAUUAAGAAAAAGUUGUGGUUGAAUGAAGGUCUAGCACUGCGCCGAAAUAUUGAAAAGGACAUUCGGAAUGACUUGAGCGGUGACUUUGAAAAAUUUAUCGUGGCCUUGUUACAGGGCAUCAGGCAGCAAGGCGUCGACCAGUUAGCAGCUGAAGCCGAUGCGGAUGCGUUGUACUCUGCUGGAGAAGAAAAACUUGGGACUGAUGAAGAAGUUUUUACAAGAAUAUUUGCAAGACGGAGCUACAAGACAAUUCGUCUGCUGGACGAACUUUACUUCCAAAAAACUGGACAUGAUAUUCUGCAUGCCAUUGAAAAAGAGCUCUCUGGUGAUUUCAAAGACGCGGUCAAAACUGUUGUUAAAACAGCUAUCAAAAAGGAGGAAUGCAUUGCAGACAUGAUUCGGGAUUCAAUGAAAGGUGUGGGGACUAGCGACGACGAUCUAAUUCGCCUCAUAUUGGCCUACGCAGAGGCAAGUUUUAUUCAGAAAAUAUGGCCGAAAUUAAGGCGAUAUUUGAGGCGAAAAAUGGUAAAACGUUGGAGGAUUGGAUCAAGAGUGAUGCCCAUGGUGAUUAUUCCCGUUUCCUCUUGA